AUUAAAAUGGCAAUGAUUUACGGAGACAAUCAAAUUGUAAUGCAUUCGCUAAUUUGUUUUUCACACGAUUGUUUGAUGAAUGUCAGUAAAAAUUCGUAUACUUUUGAAACAUGCCGCUCAUUGGGAUAAAAGUACAGAGUGACCCAAAGUAACGAACCAAUUAUCACUGCUCAAAGUACAGAUUCAAAUAAUGAAACCAAUUCCAAGUUACCAGAAACUUCUCCAAUCAGAGAGAAUCAGUCUUCAACUUCUAGUACUGAGGUCACGUCAGCUCGAAAAAUGGUUAAAGGUAAACAUAAAGUUGGAUUUGAUCAAAAGUGGACCGAAAACAGACCAUGGCUGUUUGUAGAAAAAUCAGACAAUGGACAAACAAAUGCAAUGUUUUGUAAACUUUGCCAAAAACACAAAAGCCGAGGCAUGAAUGGUAGUGUUACUUGGACUGAAAAAGGUUGUGUGACAAUCAGGAAAGAUAAAGUAACUGAUCAUGAAAAUUCUGAAAUGCACAAGUUCUCUUUAAGGCUUGAGACUGAGGAACAACUUGGUAUUCAUUCAGCCUUCAGUGAAAAACGCCUUCCUAUGGGUGAAAAAGAGUUUGAAGCAGUAACAUGUGCUACAAAAAUCCUACAUUUCUUAAUAAAACAUAACAUUCCCCAUACAACAGUGUUUAAAGAUUUCAUUAACUUCGCAACAACAGAACUAAAAUGCCCUGCAUUACAGCACCUAGAAAAAGGUAAAAAUGCCAUGUACACCAGCAACACAGUAGUAAAUGAAUUGGUAAAUUGUAUGGUUGAUGACAUUGAGAGUACAUUAAAAGAUAGAGUAGAGAGAAGUCCUGGCUAUGCUGUUAUGACUGAUGAAACAACAGAUGUAACUAAUGAUAAGCAUUUGGCAUUCUGUGUAAAGUAUGUUGAUGUUGAUAGUGGUGAUGUUUGUGUAGACUAUAUAAAGGAUGUUAAGGUGGAUGAUGGCAAAGCUGAGACAAUAUUUUGUGAGACCAAGUCUGUUAUUGAGGAAUUAAAUGUAGACAACUUUGUCGCUUUUGGGUCUGAUGGGUGUAAUACAAUGAUUGGAAAGAAAACAGGGGUGGCUACACGUCUUAAAGCAAUGAAACCUGAAAUUGUUACGAUUCAUUGCCACAAUCAUCGCCUUGCGUUAGCAGCUAAGGAUAGUUUUGAAUCAAUUAAAGUGAUGAGAGACACAGACGAUUUAUUAAGUCAUACCUUCAAAUACUACCAUGCUCCUGCUAAUAGAACCGCUUCUUUAGGGAAACUUCAGAAGUUGCUGGAUGAUAGUGGGAAUAAAAAAAUUAAGCAGGCCGCCCACACAAGAUGGUUAUCUCAUUUAGAUGCCGUGUCUUCUUUAAGGGACAGUUAUUCAGCAGUUAUAAGUGAUUUGGAAAAUGCUGUUGAGUCUGGUAAUGAUAAGGUUAGAUUGGGUAGUGGUCCAUCUGCUAAUGGCUUAGCAAAGAAGCUUAAAACAUAUGAAUCAGUGCAUAUUGUACACUUUCUGUGUGAUGCCCUUAAACCCCUUACAACAUUGGCCUUAACGUUUGAAAGAAAUGACAUUGAUCUGUCCUUGGUGAAACCACGAAUGGAAUCUACUAUUAGUUCGUUGAAAAAACUGAAGCAGAGUGAAGGGCUAAGCACCAAAAGAGCAGCAAAAAUUGUAAGUGAACAUAACAUAAAUGUUACAGAGCAGAAGAUUGAGUCUGUUAAGAAAGCAGAACAUUUGUUCAUUGAUAAUUUGGUUGACCACAUUGAGAGAAGACUAGAUUCAUCAGAUGUUGUAGAUUGUAUGAGUGUUUUUAAUAUGGCAGAUCAGUCUACAUUCUAUGGUAAUGAUGAGAUCAUGUAUUUGGCUGAACAUUUCAGAAUGGAUGUAGAUGAAACUUUGCAAGAAUGGGAAACUGUAAAAAGUUCUCUAGCCAAUAUUGAGUCCAAAGACAUUGCUGGUGCAAUGAACAUGAUUAAAAUCUUGAACUCUGUUAAACAUGUGACGGGAAAUUACUGUCCACACAUUGAAAAACUGUGUGCAACUGCAGCAGUUUCUACCUAUUAGUACUGCUGAGGUUGAAAGAGUGUUUUCAGAUGUAGCUAGAACAAAGACUGAAAUCAGAAACAGGUUGAGUGUCAAUAGUGUGCAUCAGCUUCUUAUGAUUCACAGAAAUGAUAAAUACCUUGACAUUGAGAGAACUGUUAAAAAGUGGCACAGCUUAAAACCAAGACGGAUAAACUAAGAACUGUUUGUGACUGAAAUAGUAGCUGUAUGUACCUCAAGAAGGUGUAUAGUUCUGUAUGCCACCCUGGCAAAAAAGUGAUUAGACAAUUAAUUGUGUUACAAUGAACAGCUUAAUUCUGUGUGUGCUAAAAUAUUGUGAACAAUUUUAAAGAAAAUGUCAUAUUUGUUUGUUCAUGUGUAUUUUUGAAGGUUUCAUGUUCAUUUUUCUCAUGACUGUCUUCUGUCCUAUUUUUAUAGAUUUAAAGCACAUGGAAAUUAUAUUUCAAUGAAAGAUUUGUACUGUCUGUAUAUAUUUGUAUCAAUUACUUUAUUGCAGGGCUACAUUUACAUUGUCACAUUUUAUGUAUAUUUUAAGGUUUCAUGUUAAAAACUUGCAUAACAGUACUAUAAAUUCUUAAUAUAAUGAGAUUAUGACUGUAUAUAUUUAUGUCAAUGAAUUUAUUGCAGGGCAUCAUUUAUAUAGCUGCAAACACAACACCAGAUGUCAUAUUUUAUGCAUUCUGUACAAGAUUCAUGUUAAAUUUUUCUUAAACCUUUUAUUUACAGUUCAUAGAAAUUACAUUAUCAUAUAACUUUAUUAGUGAAAGAAGAAAUAUAUUUGUCUCAGGACUACAUAAAAUUUUAUAUUCCACCAAACAAGAUAUUAUUUUUAUUCAUCCUUAAAAAUGUUUUAUGUGACUGUCAUAUUAUUUUGGUCAAUUGUGAUGCUAUGAGUUGUUAAAUACAUGUAUUUAAAAUGAUUUGAAAUAAAAAGUGUUCUUUUGCUUUGUCUUUGUCUGUGCUAUAUACCUAUCAUCUAAAAAUUCUGAGUCUUUAAAAAUCAUGUAUUAAAUGUGAAGCGUUUCCCUUUGACACAUGUUCCACCCUGCCCUUUUUGAUGCCUCCCUGCCCCUUUUUCAAGUCUAGAAUAAU